AUGUUCCGACCGGACUACUGGACCGACGAUCCCAUGGACGGCAUUAUGGGAGGCGGCAUGCUCCGUGGAGGCCCUGCCGCACGUCGAUUUGAUGAAUACUACCGAUGCUAUCCCGUCGCGAUGCUUCCAGGUCCUGAGAGAGAGAAUGUUAAUCAUGGCGGCAAGGUCAUCAUGCCUCCGAGUGCACUUGACAAGCUUACCCGCCUUCAUAUUACCUAUCCUAUGCUCUUCGAGCUUCACAAUGGUGCCAGAGAGAGGAUGUCACAUGCGGGAGUAUUGGAGUUUAUCGCAGAGGAAGGAAAAAUUUAUCUCCCAUUCUGGCUUAUGCAAACUUUACUUCUGGAACCCGGUGAUCUACUACAGAUCAAGUCAACAGAUCUUCCUCCCGGCCAAUUUAUCAAGCUUCAGGCACAGUCCACCUCUUUCCUCGAUAUUAGUGAUCCAAAGGCCGUCCUCGAAAAUGCGUUCCGCAACUUCUCCUGCCUAAGCAAGGGCGAUGUCUUUACAUUCGGGUAUAACGAUCAGGUCUAUGAGAUGGCGGUUCUAGAAACGAAGCCCGCAGGCUCGAAGAAUGCGAUAUCCGUUCUGGAAACCGAUCUGGAAGUUGAUUUUGCUACUCCGGUUGGAUACGAGGAACCACAACGUACCAGCGGUACCAGCACUCCGGGAAGUGUGGUCAAACAUGGGAAGCUUCCCGCAGGUGGACUCCUGCAUCCUCACGGCUCCAUGGCGCAGUCUAUCAACUAUGCUGCCAUCGCUCCCGAGUCCACCGAUGCUGCUACUGGUGCCCGGGCCACAUCCUCGAACUUUCUGUCUGAGGGACAACGCCUGAAUGCCAAGAAGGGUAGCAAGGCGCCUACCCCGAAGGCUUCUACCCCCACCCCCGGAGCUACCAAUCCCCAGCAUCCGCCACCAGUGCGCAGAACUAACGGCCCCCAACCACUUCGUCUACCACCCAACCAACUCUUCUUCGGAUACGAAAUCAAACCAGUGAAGCCACGCGACGAAAAUGGACAGCCCCUUUUGCCCGAAGAUCAACCAACAUUUCAGGGCAUUGGUCAAACAUUGCGAGGAAAGAAGAAGGACCUCGGUGGUUCGGCCACUCCCACUUCUGACAGUGGGGCUGAGGGCCAGAAAGGCAAAGGCAAUGGUGGCGGUGGACGAACCCUGGGCAGCACCAAACGCUAA